UAUUGUGACUCAAGCAUCCAAUACCUGCCCAGGCACUCUUUUCUUUCAUGGUUCUGGAUUAGCUACCAUUUAAUGAAACAUCUCUUCAGCUCUUCUCAAAUACCUAUAGUUGCUACAAGGACUUAGAAACAUGAGGAACUUGUAUCUUGGAGCCCACACUUUUGUCCUACUUCUAAUUUUCUUCAUGGUACUAGCUAGUAGUAGAAGCCUUCGAGUGACUCAUCGUUACAUUUCAGUCAGCUUACACGACAAGGGAACCAAUGUUGGAGAAGGUCAUGUCUCCCCUAAGGAAGAAGCAAAAGAAGAACUCGGUACUGAACUGUACCCAACUGGUUCAAGCUUGCCGGACUGUUCCCACGCAUGUGGACCAUGCUUUCCAUGCAAGAGGGUGAUGGUGAGCUUCAAGUGCUUCACAGAGUCAUGCCCCAUUGUUUACAGAUGCAUGUGUAAAGGAAAAUAUUACCAUGUUCCUUCCAAUUGAUCUAGCCACAAACUGGACAUGCAAUGAAAAUAGUGGUUUGAUUUUUGAUUGAAAUCAUGUAUUAAUAUGUUUGUUAUGCGAGUGCGGAUUUUAUGUACAUCUCUUUAGGCACAUGUAGUAUUUGAGUGAUGAUAGGAGUAUUACAAAUUCUAUUGCACGUUCCUUGCAAAUUAAUGGAUCAACUUUCAAAUUCCAAAUGAAAAAUGUAUUUAAGAAAAUUUUUUAGUAGUCGCCAUUGAGAUGGCAUCAAUUGUAAAAGUUGCCCAGUUAAUUUGUACAAUAAAUCUAGAGUCACAACAAAUUUCAUAACUA